AUCGAAGUCAUCGAGAAACCUCAUCUUUGCAGUGAUCCCGGAUUAGCAGCAAUGGAGCCUCCACCACGCCCUCGCCAAAUAUCGUUGACAGGAUUGUGGAGGCGCAAGAUUGGCGCGGAGACAAUGGGAGAAGCAGCGUUUCUAGCGUUGAUACAGCCUUAUGGUCGUUGAAACGACCGAAUAAGAAUCUAGGGGUUGGUGUUACUGCGAUUCAACUGUGCUUUCAGCUUGGUAAUGGUAGUGUUACUGCGAUUUAGCUGUGCCUUUCAACUUAGCGAUGCAAGGGUGAUGGGCGGCGAUGUCUAGUAUAGGUUUGGAUGUCGUGAUAGCUUCGCUUUCGGCCUUUUACCUUGAGGCAAGGCAAGGGUGAUGGGCGACGGUGUCUGGUAUAGGUUUGGACAUUGUGAUAGCCUCGCUUUCGGCAUUUGGCCUUGAGGCAAGGGUAAAAUGAUGUGAUAUUCGCUGGCAAUGGCAGUGAUAAAAUGGGUAUAUACAGGCCCCCCAUCUACCACGGUGAGUAUCUCUCAUCUCAUCAUCACCACAAACAAUCAAAGCCAAACCAGCAAAAUAAACUCAAGAUCUAUCCAACCAACUCACACUUUCCAAACCAUCACCAUGCACUUCACCCAAACCCUCACCCUCCUCCUCCUCCCCCUCCUCGCCAUCACCUCCCCCACCCUCCUGGAAGCCGCCGACGACAUCACCACCCUCGACACCCGCACCGGCAUCAACCUAGGCGCCCUCAAAGUCCUCCAGCACCGCCUCUUCACCGCCCACAACCAAAUCACCAACAUAGACAACGACCUCGUCGGCCCCUCCAACAACGUCGCAAACCAGUUGCCGGGAGCUGCGGGAGCGAGUUUCAGAGCCGCGUUGGAGAGAUAUCACGCUGAGCAGGGGAGGGCGAAUGCAGAUUUGGUGAAGUUGGAGAAGGGGUUGGGGGCGUAUGUUGAGGCGGCUAAUCAUCAUGAGAGAACUGAUAGGAAGUUCUGGGGCAGAGGGGCUGGUGGGGAGGAAUGA